GUAGGGCUGCAUAUGUCCCGUGGGCUCAUUGCGUGCCUCCUGCCGUGUUCGAUCGAUCGGAUCCCCAUACGAUCUACUAGCUAGCUAAGCUACACGACUCGACCGAGGAGGAGGAGCGCGCUCAGGCCGUAUAGAAACUUGGAGCAUGUCGUUAACCACCCAAGUGUUUGGGCCUCCCGGCUACAGGCGGUGGUGGAUCUAUUACAUCGUCAACGAUACUGAUCAAUUGAGUAAAGCUCUGAACCGACAUGAUCACCUGGUGGUGUUCAUGUUCUCGGCGGAGUGGAACGAACCCUGCAAGGCGAUGAAGAAACCGUUCAGGGACAUGGCCAGGGCUAGAAAGAUGCAGGCCGUAUUCUGCUUGGUGGACAUCGACAAGCUUAAAGAUGCUGUGGCGCAGCAGUUCCAAGUGGAGGCGCUGCCGACGUUCGUGCUGUACAAGAACGGCAUACAGAAGGAGAGGGUCGUUGGCGCCAAGGUGGACGACCUCAGAGCCGCCAUCGACAGGAACAUAUGAUUCCAUCUCCGAUCGAUCGAUCCAUUCAUGCUGCAUGCAUAUACGGUCGACUAAUAACAACAUGAGGCUAGCAAAAGACGACGGACGAUCGGAUCGUCCAACAAUAAACAAAUAACAUUAUUAUUAAUCUUCAUUUC